AUGGCGAAAUUCCCAGCUGUCAGUCGCAGCGUGUUUAGAUUUACGAACGAAACCAUGAGGAUUGUUAUGGUAACUGUUAUCGGAGUGGUCCUUGGCUUCUUCAUUGGAAUUUCAUUCCCGUCGGUCAGCAUAACAAAGCUACACUUCCCAUCCAGCUUUGUUUCGUACAUAGAGGAGAGGAACUCUGGGCUCACGACCCAAGCUUUACUUAAUCAUGCCUGGAAUUCUGUCAGGAAUGCAAGGGAGAACACUUCCGAACCAAAUACAAACACUACUUUAAAGAUUUAUGUCCCGACAAACCCCAGGGGUGCAGAGAGGCUAGCACCAGGCAUUGUUGUGCCAGAUACCGACUUCCAUCUGCGCAGAUUGUGGGGAGACCCAAGUGAGGACCUGCCAUUCAAACCAAAGUACCUUGUGACUUUCACUGUUGGAUAUGCACAGAAAGAAAAUAUAAACAGAGCAGUGAAGAAGUUUUCUGACAAUUUUGCUAUCCUGUUAUUCCACUAUGAUGGUCGUGUGACCGAAUGGGAUGAAUUUGAGUGGUCAAAGCGAGCCAUCCAUAUCAGUGUCAGCAAACAAACUAAAUGGUGGUACGCCAAAAGAUUCUUGCACCCUGAUAUUGUGGCAGCUUACGAGUACAUAUUCAUCUGGGAUGAAGACCUUGGGGUCGAUCAUUUCAACGCAGAGGAGUACAUCAAACUUGUUAAGAAAAAUGGUCUGGAUAUCUCCCAGCCUGGCUUAGAACCUGACCGAGGACUAACUUGGCAGAUGACCAAAAGAAGAGGUGACCGAGAGGUCCACAAGGUGACAGAGGAAAGGCCAGGCUGGUGUGCUGACCCUCAUCUUCCACCUUGUGCUGCGUUUGUUGAAAUAAUGGCUCCAGUCUUCUCAAGGGAGGCAUGGCGAUGCGUAUGGCAUAUGAUUCAGAAUGAUUUGGUUCAUGGAUGGGGUCUCGACUUCGCCCUCAGGAAAUGCGUAGAGCCUGCUCAUGAGAAGAUCGGAGUCGUCGAUUCCCAGUGGAUCGUUCACCAGGUGGUUCCUUCUCUUGGGAACCAGGGCAAGGCGGAGGGCGGGAAGCCGGCAUGGGAAGGGGUGAGGGCGCGGUGCCGGAAGGAGUGGGGCAUGUUCCAGACGAGGUUGGCGGAUGCCGAGAAGGCCUACUACAAGAUGAUGGGCAUCACCCCUCCAAACUCCACACUUGUCUAG